GACCUUUCCUGAGCCACACAAGCCAGAGACCCCAAGAGGAAACAAGAAGGAUCCCUGCUGAGAGUCUAGAGAUUUGGGAGCUUGUUUUCUGAUCUCUCUCUGAUAAUGGAUACACCAGAUACCCUCCUGUUUGCUGUGAAGGAUUAUGUUGCCAGAGCUGGAUUACCACCCAAGAAUCUUCUGGAUAACUUUGAUGCUAGAUCUAGCAUUGUAGGGAAGCUGAAUAAUGUCAGUAAGAUUGCCUUUAACCCAGAAGGGGUGCUGUUUGCUGUGCGUGGUAAAGAACUCUUCAUGGGAGCUAUGCCUUCAGAUCCAAACCUGGACUUUUUCUCGACUGCCAAGAGAGUGGGCAAAACCGACUGGGAAGGGUUUAAAUUGAUCUUCUUUGAUCCAAAUGGCCUUCUGUAUGCUUCUACCAAGAAUGGGGAGUUCUACAAGGGUCCAGCACCAAGCAAUGAAAACAUAUCCUGGCUUUAUGGCCAAGCCACCAAAAUAGGAACCGCUGGCUGGAAUGAAUUUGAUGCCCUUUUCUUUGACCCUAAAGGCAUCCUGUAUGCAGUGACAAGUGACGACAAGCUUGUGAUGAGAAGCCCUCCAACCAAACCAGACGAUAACUGGCUUUCCUCCAGCACAACCAUUGGAAAAGGAAGCUGGCGCAUCCUGACCCAUUUCAUGGCUUUCACCCUAGAGUCUGACCUGUGGUGUGUGGAUUCCAAGAAUGGCAACAUCUAUAAAGGACCAGCCCCGACCAAUGCUGAUGCCAAUUACACUGCAAAGGCAGAGAAACUGGGCUGGGGUUACAAUGUCUACCCCCUCCUUUCCUUCACCAUUGAUAAAACCAUCCAGAGUAUUGUGAGCUUUGAAUUCCUUCCAGAUUCAGGGAAAAUCCUAUCCCAAGGUGGUGCAGACCCAGAUCUAUAA